AUGUUCAAUUCCACAGCUUCUAUUGAAGAAGCAUCCAAUCAACAAGCCUCAUUUUUGCCGGCAAACGCAUUCUCGGCUAGUGUUGUUCUCGUAGUCCGGUACCGAAAGACCGUGGACUGGGAACCUGGAAGAGCUGAUUCAAAUGUUUAUGCGUUCAAGGUGAGCCAGUCAACAAACACAUUGAGAGCUCUACGCGAGGCUUGA